CGGGGGGGGGGUGCUCUUGUGAGAAUGAGCACUUCUCAGGACGCGCACGCGCAUAAUCUCACCAGCAAGCAGGCAGUUGGAGUCACUCACACGCGUGUAUCAAGACUCGAAAAAACUCGGUGAUUUGAAAGAAACAAAAUCGCAACCAUGUCGAAAGGAUGCAUCACCGUCACCAAGUAUUUUCUCUUCCUCUUCAAUCUCAUCUUCUUUGUCUUUGGAGCGUUGAUCAUGGGCUUUGGACUAUGGGUUCUCUUUGAUACCCAGAGUUUCAUUGCUGUUCUACAAGAAUCGUCAGACACGGUGAAAGUGGCUUCCUACAUCCUCAUUGGAGUGGGGUCCUUGUCAAUGGCCAUGGGCUUCUUUGGCUGCAUUGGAGCCAUCUACGAGAUUCGUUGUCUUCUCGGUCUGUACUUCACCUGUCUGCUGCUCAUCCUUAUUGCCCAAGUGACCGCCGGAGUUCUCAUCUACUUCCAAAGAGAUCGGUUGAAACAUGAAAUGUCCAACAUCAUCAAGGGCAUGAUCACCCACUACACCGGCCAGAACAAAACCACAGAGCACACUUGGGACUACAUCCAGAAAUCUAUGAAGUGCUGUGGGUGGACGGGGCCUGGCAACUGGUCUGACAAUAUGGUGAUCAAGAACAGCUCCCAGCACCUCUAUCCGUGUUCCUGUCGCAACGAGUCCUUGCCCGGCACUUACAUCAGGGAGGGGGGCCUUUGUGACCAUCUCUCCUCGGAACUUCCCGUCUACCAAACGGGCUGCAUGACCAGUGUGGAGAAUUGGCUCCUGGACAACUGUGGAGUUAUUCUGGGAAUAUGUGUCGGGGUGGCUGUCGUAGAGCUUCUUGGGAUGAUCCUCUCCAUGUGUCUGUGCAAGAGUGUCGUACAGGAGGAUUAUACCAAAGUACCUAAAUACUGAAGUGCCACCCACACAAACAUACGUAUGUGUACGUGGAUGGACUCCUUUACGCUCUCACACCUUAUCUCACAUUCCUACACAAACACACACAUGUGCGCGCACACACACACUCACACACACACACAAAGAGAGAAGUCUCUUGUAUUGGAGGUUCUGUCUUGACGGCUGUGCAGAUUUCUCACACCUUCAAACAUGAAAAAAUUCACAGAUUGUUGACCAUAGUGCGCAAGUUACCAUUGUUGUCUUAUAAUAAUAAUUAUUAUUGUAUAUGUAAUUUGAAAGGAGACCUUGUUUGUAGUUUAUCCAUUUGAAAGGUUGCAAACGCGAGUACGAUUUUUUUGUUGUUGUCUCUUUGGUGUUUCCUUCCGCUGACCUCAAUGAAGCGCUUAACAGAGAGAGCGAGAGCACUUUAGCUAGAUUUGAUGCAGCCGAGCCACCGGAGACUCUCCUCACCUCGGAGCAUCAAGAUGAGUAGGAGAUGAGAGGGUGCGAGUGGGCGUGUGUGGAAUUAAUCUCACGCUUCUAUUCCCGCUGCCACCGGGUGGAGGAGAAAAACCCUUGGGCAGGGCAUCUGCGGUGGAGGUUUUGGCUCACAUCUCCAAUUCCUCAUACGCCUGCGCCACUCCUGUAUUUUUGAGUUUGCUAAAGGAGGCUUCAUCUGCGUUUUUCUCAAUGAAAAAGUUAGUGAACUGACAGUAGACUCUUGACUCUUUACUUCCUUGCUUGGUUUUCCUGAUCUUCUGUUUUUCGGUCCCAACCCAUUUCAUUGGCAGAUGACUUAUUGAGCACAUUGUACAUGGACUCAUGUCCUGUAUUUGUUUUUUCUGUUAAUUUCAAAAAAGUAUUGCUCUCCUAGAUGUUGCUGUUCUUCUAUGUGUUGAUACAUUUCAAAUAUGUUAUUGUUUCAUCUGCCAAAUUGUAAAAUUAAUUUAACUUAAAGAUGAAGGCUUUUUGCUGUUCUUGUCUUUUUUUUUUACACGUUGAAAGAAAAAAAAGUUUUUCAAAACAAUUUAUGUGGAUUUGUAAGCCAUAUUUGGUAAGAAACGUUUUGUAUGUUUUGUUACUCUGAAAACAGGUAGAAUUAAAGGGGUAUCCACAUUUG